AUGGUCCAGUUCUCCGAGGAAACGAAAGAGCGCAUCUCCAAGGUCGUCGACGUCUCCAGAGUUGCCAUCCACUAUGGAUACCUGCCUUUGAUAGUCUAUCUCGGCUACACCUACAGUGAACCUCGUCCGUCCUUGUUCAAGCUCUUCUCGCCGCUUGCGUAA